CAACAUUGGUAGAGCAUGUUGCUAAUCUCGCUGAAUAUUCAGUAUUUUCGACAGAUAUACGUUCUGCUUGAUGCGAAGGCGUAAAAUAGACAGUAUGAUGCAUCGAAGUACUGUCUUAUCUUGAUAACAGUGUAUUUAGUCAGUACGUGUGUGGCGUCUAUUUUCUAUUCUUUCAAAUCAAAAUGUUUAAGAACUCUAGGACUGUUAUAUUUAUUUUGCUAUUCGUCUUGCUCGGUAUUAUUUGUAUCACUGGAAGCAUGAAGUACUAUAAUCAAAACUGGGAGAAGGUACCAGUCGUUAUAAAUACAUGGCCAUUCAUAAAUGCAACACAAAGUGCUUGGAACACUGUAUAUUUGAAAAAGAAAUCAGCACUGGAUGCUGUAGAGAAAGGCUGUUCUACAUGUGAAGAUGAACAGUGUGAUGGAACUGUAGGUUUUGGAGGCAGUCCUGAUGAAAGUGGUGAAACUACAUUAGAUGCUAUGAUUAUGGAUGGAAUGACCAUGAAUAUGGGGGCAGUAGCUGCUUUAAGACGUGUGAAGAAUGCCAUAUCUGUGGCACGAUAUGUACUAGAGCACACACAACAUUCCCUGUUAGUAGGUGACCUAGCAACACAAUUUGCUCUCUCAAUGGGUUUCAAGGAAGAACCUUUGGAAACAAACAUUUCUCACAAUAUGUGGCAGAACUGGAAGGAAAAUGAUUGCCAACCCAACUUUUGGGUGAAUGUAAAACCUGAUCCAACCAAGUCCUGUGGACCAUAUACACCAGAUACAAAUAUUACUAGAAGGCACAAAAAUGAUCCAAAACACCGAAGCAUAUUUAGCGAUAAAAACCAUGACACAAUAGGAAUGAUUGCUAUUGACACUGCAGGAAGAAUAGCAGCUGGUACAUCAACCAAUGGAGCAAAGUUCAAAAUUCCAGGGAGGGUUGGUGACUCACCCAUCCCAGGGGCAGGAGCAUAUGCAGAUGGCAGUGUAGGGGCUGCAGCUGCUACAGGUGAUGGCGAUGUCAUGAUGAGAUUCUUACCCAGUUACUUGGCUGUUGAGGAAAUGAGACGAGGAACUUCUCCUUCAUAUGCAGGCGAGUUGGCAAUUCGACGCAUUGUUACUUAUUAUCCUGACUUUGUAGGAGCAAUUGUGGUGCUAAGAAAAGAUGGCGAAUAUGGAGCUGCCUGCCAUGGUCUUCAGAGUUUCCAGUUUUCAGUAUGCAACAGUCAACUUGGCCAGGUUACAGUCCAGACUGUGUCAUGUGUUCAAUGACACGAAGACUGCUCUGGAACAAUUCCAGAUUUGAAUAUCACAAAAUUAUCAGAAGAACAUACAUCUUACUUUCAUUACGUAACACCUUAAAUCACUAGUUUCCAAAUUUUAUAUAAUGGCACACCCAUAGCUUAGCAAAGAUUGCAUUGCAUAUGCACUCAUGCAGGGAACAGAUUUUUUUUUGUUUCACUUUUAAAAUCAACGCAUUUUAGGUAUUUUGUCAAAAUUUUACAAAUGUUAUGACAUUUUGAGAAUCAUAAUAUUCAGUUUUACUAUUAUUACUUUCCCAGAAUAUAACCCCCCCAACUAACCAGUUGUGCUCAUCACUUUGGAAACCACUGCCUUGAGUAGUACUGGAAGUGGGCUGGAAUGACAUACUGCAGGAGCCCAAAACAAAAUCAGUACUAUUACAAUGAGUUCUGUUCUCUGGGAUGUGAUGCUACAUAAUCUGGUAGAAGUUUACCACCAUAUCAGAGGAAUGUACUGCCACCAACUUAAAGAGUUAACCAAGCAAGAAGCAAGCAGAAUUUUUGGUUGUUUGUUGCUUGUUUGGCUUAAUUGUUGCUCUAAAAAUAGAGGCAGCAUGUUCCCCUGAAAUGCCAGUGAACUUUUACCAGACUACAUGGUGUCACACCCCAGAAGACAGUAUGCUUUAUAAUCACUGCUAUGAGAACCUCAAGAGUUAACAUUACUACUAACGUUUCCUAGCAUUUUGCUGGAUAUUUUUGUACCGGUGUAGCACAAAGCAAACAGACAAAAUAUAACAUGCAGUCACUUUUUGCAAACAGUAUUAUUAACCUACUAUUGCUACCAUCAUGACAGAGAAAUUUUUUCAGAUAAAAAUGUUAUAACAUUCAGAGUAAUUCUUUUAGAUUGAUGUUCAUUAAAUUACAGUGAACUCUGAAUAAACCAUAGUAAUGGAAGGAAGACAUAUUGCAGACAUUCAAAAACAAGAGGAUAUUCCAAAUAUCCUUCAAAUGAAAUCUGUGUGAAGUGAAAACUGCAGACCAUAUAGUCUGCUGGUCAUGCUGUCAGUCACUAUGUAGUGAGACAAAUCUUAUCCCAACACAAAAAAAGCAACCCUUUUCAGUAGUAGUAGUACGCUGGCACAAAAUGCAUUAAAAUAAUGAAACAGGAAGUUACAACAGGGUAAGGAGGUGCACUAGGUAGUAGUAAAAUCAUUAUGGGAACCUACAUAUAAUCUUAUAAGGGGCUGUAAAAGUAGCAGGUAAUCAAGAAUCUAUUAUAGUCUGAAGUUUCAUUCAAACAAAACAUGUCUUAAUUCUUUACUUCUUAACAUUUGAUUGUUUAUUAAUGUUUGAAGGUCUUACAAACUCAAAAAAUGGCUGAUAUGUUUAUGUAAUUUGUCUGUUAUUGUAUUUAGAUACAAUACUUAACAGUACAUCUUUUACAUAAUGAUCUUUAACUAUAAUGUUUUGGUACUUAAGUGAAGAUGUCAGUGGAUAGGCUAAUCUUGUUCUUUAUCAUACUUACCAAUGUAAUUUUCACAGGGCUAAUUUGAGGUAAAAGUGUGUGGAUUUUUAAUUCUUCCCCUAAAUUUCAGAAUUUAUUUUGCUUUUAACAAAAUCCUGAGUCAUCUGCUCUGUUGCGUGUGUUGGUAUAUUUAGUCAUUCCUUCUGAAACAGUGCACUUGUUUGGCAAGUAAUAUAACCACAGUUGUUAUCAAAUAAAAAUGACAAAGGAUUGUUUACACUGAACUCUAGUAUUCUGGUGUAAUAUAUUUUUAUACUUAUUGUGUAAUUUUGAAUUAAAUAAACACAUAUCAUAAAUGAAUCAUUAAUA